AUGGCACCCAACAAACUAGCAAUCGCCAGUGUCUCCCUAAGCCAGUACCCAGGCCACAUCCUCGACCACAAAAUCCGCGCCGCAUCCCAAGCUGGCAUCGCAGGAAUCGAAAUCGUCUACUCCGAUCUCCUUACUUACAGCAAGACUCAAAACAUCUCCAUCCAAGCCGCAGCCCAAAAGAUUCACACUCUCUGCCUGGAAACAAACCUCCAAGUCCUCUCCCUCGCCCCCUUCGAAAACUAUGAAGGCGCAACAACCCCGCUAAAAGAAAGACUCGCGCUCGGCCAACAUUGGCUCGAAAUAGCCCGUCUGUUACACGCACCAUACUUACAAAUCCCAUCAAUCUACACAACGGACUGUAGCCGUGAUGAGAAAACAAUCAUAUCCGACCUUCAACGGCUAUCUGACCUAGCCAGCUCCGCAAAGCCAGUAGUAUCAAUCGCCUACGAACCCCUGUCAUGGGGAACGAACUGCUCAACCUGGGAAGGCGCCCUUUCGAUCGUGCAGCGGGUUGAGCGUGCGAAUUUCGGACUGUGUCUGGAUACCUUCCAUGAAGGGACUAAGUUGUGGGGUGAUAAUGCUUCUCCGAGCGGGAUGCAGAUGGAUGCGGAAGUAAAGUUGCGGGAUUCGCUGCGCAGGUUUGUGCGGGAUUGUCCACGGGAUAAGAUAUUCUAUGUGCAGCUUUCUGACGCGGAACGCUUUGAGACGCCUUAUUCUUUGGCGCAUCCGUGGGCGUUGCCCGGUGAGGCCAAGGAGUUUACUUGGUCGAAGCAUGCGAGACCUUUCCCUUUGGAGGUUGAGUUUGGGGCGUAUUUGCCUGUUGUAGAUAUUGCCAGGGCGUGGAUUGUUGACGUUGGAUUUGAGGGGUGGAUUUCUAUGGAGACUUUCGAUCGGAGAAUGGUGAAUGGGCAGGUCACCCCAGAGAUGGCGGCUAAGAGGGCGGUUGAGUCUUGGAGGAAGGUUCAGGUUGAGAUAGAGAGUAAGUCGAGGCUUUGA